AUGGCGUUGACGGCUGCGAGGGAGAGCAGAGGGGCAGAGGGGGGAGGAGGAGGAGUUGAGCUGUCGCGCGGCGGCAAUGGUGGCAAUGGCGAAGAGAGGAUCAAGCGGGAGCACAUGUUUGACAAGGUGGUGACGCCGAGCGACGUGGGCAAGCUGAACCGGCUGGUGGUGCCCAAGCAGUUCGCGGAGCGGCACAUCCUCCCGCGGCUGCUCGGCGGCGCGGCGAAGGCGGCCUGCUCGGGCGCCGUGCUGCGGUUCGAGGACGGCCGCGGCGGGGGCAGGGCGUGGGCGUUCCGCUUCUCCUACUGGGGCAGCAGCCAGAGCUACGUCAUGACCAAAGGGUGGAGCGCCUUCGUCCGUGACCGCCGCCUCGCCGCCGGCGACACCGUCUCUUUCUGCCGCGCGGGCGCACGCCUCUUCAUCGACUGCCGGCGGCGUGGCGCCGGAAUAGUAGCCUCGGCGCCGAUGACACGCCUCCUCGUGCCAGCAAUUGUGCCGCAAGUUGUCACGCUCAUGCCGCAGCAGUCGACGUCGUCAGACGAGAGGGCGGCGCGUGGCCGCUGCGUCCGGCUGUUCGGCGUGGACCUCGAGCUCGCCGGCGCCGAGCCGCUGCCGCUAGAUUUGCAGCUAGCUUUGAUGAGAAGAUGACCUCCGCUUGUGCCUCACUUGCCUGAUGC